GUGGGUGUGGCUAAGGUUGCGUCACAGUAUUUUGUUGCUAGCUCGCGGUUUCUGCAAAGAGGCUUUUUUGGCGUUUUUUUUCUUCUCGAAAUCUCAAAGCCGUGCACAUACCGUCGUAAAUUAACAGGCACACACGCAUGCAGAGCCACGUCGGUAUUCUUAAACAGUCAGACAGCUCUGUUGUGUGCUCCGGUUCAACAAAUAGCAGCGGAGGACAACUCAACGACACACGUCUUGGCGCAAAGUCGUCGCUUGCUAAGUUAGCAUCCUCGUUUGCAGCUGGCCAUGUCAACAGGUUGCUCCGAUGUUUCUGACUGCAGAGAUUGCAGUUGUAGAGAAUUCAAGCAGCGUUAACAGUGUCGGUGCAUUUCAGUGUGACGUUUGCUAGCGUGCUGUUGCAUGAAGUGGAGGAUUUACUGACGUUAACAACUCAGGGCAGCUUAAUCCCCCCGAGCAAGCUGUCAAGAUGCAACUGCAGAGAUCAACAACAUGAGACGGGAAAAUGCUGGACCAAAAAUAACUCAAAGGACACCCGAUGGUGAAUAUUUUCCAAUGUUGACCCCCAUUCUCAUGACACCAGCAGGGAGAUAUGGGCAUCCUCAGACUGGUAGCCAGAAUCAUGGGUAGGAUCAGUACUUUCAGGUCCUAUCAGUUUGUGCUUCUCCUGGCUGCCGCACUAGCUGUUGUAGCUUUUUACUACUUUGGCUCAGAGCGGCAGAACUUCUCCAGCACCACAAAGAGGAUCAAACAGAGCCAGGCCAGCCACAACACCAACAGGAACGAUGCAGACCUGACCGUGGACACUGGGCUCUCACAACCUGCUGGAUCUGAGGAGCAUGAAGGAGAAGAGCAGCGCAAUGUGGGCGGAGAGAGCAAGGGAUUUGGGUCCAAGACGGGGGACGGUGACGACGGUGUCCAUCGCUACCACGCACUCAUGAUGUUCACCAAGGUGGACAAGAGCCGCAGCCUGCAGGACAAGUUCAGGGUGGCGAUGUUGUCUAUGGUUAAACACGGACGCUUCCUGGAAGGAGAGGUGUUGGUGCUUCAUUUUGUGAGCGACCCGGCCAGCAAAGACAUGGGAGAGAGGAUGCUGCAGGAGUUUCUCCUUGAUGCAACGUUUAAGUAUGAGGUGUUGUUCCAUGACGUGGUGGCUCUCACACAGAAGCUGUUCCCCAUCGUGGAGGCCAUGCAGAAGCACUUCAGCGCUGGCUCUGGGGCGUACUACAGUGAUGCCAUCUUCUUCCUAUCAGUUGCCAUGCAUCACAUAAUGCCUGAAGGUCUGACGCGCAUUGUGCAACUUGACCUGGAUCUGAAAUACAGGACCAACAUCAGGGACCUUUUCCAAGAAUUUGACCGGUUUCCUCCAGGAGCCGUGAUAGGCAUCACCAGAGAGAUGCAGCCAGUCUACAGACACACCUUCUGGCAGUAUCGUAAGGAGAACCCUCAGACCAGAGUUGGUGAACCUCCUCCCGACGGCCUCCCAGGCUUCAACAGCGGCGUGAUGUUAUUAGACCUCGGUGCUAUGAGGGCCUCAGCUCUCUACAACCAACUGUUGGAGCCCGGCAAUGUGGCCAAACUAGCAGAUCAGUAUCGCUUCAGGGGCCACCUGGGCGACCAGGACUUCUUCACCAUGAUCGGCAUGGAGCAUCCUGAACUGUUUUAUUCCCUCGCCUGUGGCUGGAACCGGCAGCUGUGUACCUGGUGGAGGGAUCACGGAUACGGAGAUGUGUUUCAGCUGUAUUAUCGCUGUGGUGGGCCAGUCUAUAUCUACCAUGGGAACUGUAACUCCCCCAUACCAGAUGACUGAUGCUGGAACUGAAAAGAAGUCUAUGACAUCUACAGUUUAGUGAAAGGGAAACAUUUUACAUUGUACUGUCAGUGUAGUCACAGACUCCGCCCCCUGCUGGCCAAGGGGCGUCUGAAGGGACCACUUACCCUUGUUGCUACAAACGUGGUGCUCAUCUGUGUCAUUUUAGAGUCAAUUUUGGCAUUCAAGCCAAAAAGCAGCUUUUCUUACAGCUAGGGCUGCAACUAACAAAUAUUGUUAAUGUUGAUUUAUCUGUUGAUUAGUUGAUUGGUUUGGUCUAUCAAAUGGUUAUUCAGGAUUUACCAAAACCCAAUAUGACGUUCUCAAAUGUUUAAUUUUGCCCACGACCAAAAUAUAUUCAGUUCGCUGUCAUGGAAGAGAAAAGAACUCGAAGAAGCUGGAAUCAAAGAAUUUUACCUUUUUUUUCUUCUGUACUUACAGAAAUGCAAGAAGCUGCAACAGUGUGGAAAUGUUUCUUCAGGUACUGAGAUGAUGAAAAGAAGAAAGCUGUUGACUGUACAAAUUCACUGCUCAAAUCACCAUGUAAUCACACCGUAUCAUCAGGUGCCUAAUGUCAGUAUGAAUGCGGCCAAAUGCAUCCUACAUUGUCAGUGUUUAGUAAUUUGUCUUGUCAUGGGCUUCUUUAUUAACGUUCAAGAAAUUCUGGUGUCAUGUUGAGGAGGAUCCACUAUCCUUUUACACAGAGUGGCUGUAUGUUUGAGUUGAGGAUUCACAAAGAAUUCAUAAUGCUAACAAAUGUUACCUGCAAUGAAUAAAGGGGUCAGCAAAUGUGGUAAUUGGCA